UCAUCAGUUCGCAGCGGCAUUCCCAUCCGUUUGGCACGUUACAUGUGUUAUCGCGUGCGGUGGUUUUCUUGCGCUACCCUCUUCCUGGACAGCUGAGGUGGUGGAUUAGUGUCUAAGGUCACAUCACGCGCGCGGGGAUUAAAUUCCAAGACAUAGUGUCGGGGCUAUAAGAAGAGAUCUGUGUCUCUUUCUUGUGUAUGUGUUGCUGGGGGAUUAAGUGAGGCACAUUGUAGGUAAUAUAGGAAUUUUCUCCCAAAAAAAAUCGAGCAUUUGCGGGAAUGGUUUGAGGGUGAAACACACGAGGGUGGCUUGCAGGGAAAUUUGAAAGAAAAAACUCUGCAGGAUCCCCGUGGGAUUGGUAAUGCAGUGCUGAGCAAUGUUGUGGAUGUGUGUUGCAAAAUAUUGUGACUCUGGUGCAGAAAACACGUGAAGUUCAUCUUAAUGUGGUUGGGAAGAUUCAUCAUUAUCGCUGCAAUGACUCUGUUCAAAGUGUCGAGUGGAUACUUUUUGGAUAAAGAAAUUCACGGCCUGAUGAGGCAUCACCGCAAAGAUUUUACCGAACACCGGGGCGGCCAUCACAACUCCCUCACAUCAGGACAUCCUGGUCAAUUUUUAACGAAAAACAACACCCGUGUGAUAAGCCAGCGCGGCGGUCUGGCCAUCCUGCCAUGUAGCGUCUCACUCACAACACCAGCCACUAUUUCUUGGUUUCGACGGAAGGACUUUCAACUGCUGACAGUUGGCCUCCUUACGUACAGCAGCGACGACCGCUUCCAGGUGGAGCAUACGCGACACCAGGGCAACUGGGCGCUACGGAUCAAGAGCGCAAGGAAGGAGGACGAAGGAUACUACGAGUGCCAAAUUUCUACACAUCCACCCCAAUCGAUUUUCGUUGAACUGAGAAUAGUCGAGGCGGUAGCUGAAAUAAUAGAAGCGCCCGAUUUGCAUAUCAACGAGGGAUCUACGCUUAGAUUGGAGUGUAAGCUGAAACGAGCCACCGAGAGUCCGCUCUACGUAUUUUGGUACCACGACUCAAGGAUGGUGAACUACGACUACGACGAUGGGGUCAUGGUUUCGUCGAAUCGCCAGAAGUCGAGCAUUCUCACAGUGCGGAAUGCCACAAUAAGGCACGAGGGGAACUACACGUGUGCCCCGGCGAAUGCCAAGCAGUCUAGUGUCUACGUACACGUACUCAAAGGUGAGAAGCCAGCCGCAAUGCAGCAUCCAACCAAAAGUGCAAAUGACGCCAAUAUGACUCCUCUUGAUCGAUUUCUCACAGUGUAUCUCUGUGUAUUUCUCUUUCCCAUCGUUAAGUAUGUCGUAUUCUAAUGAUUUCUCAAAUGCCAUAAAAGGAGAAAUCUAUGCAAAAAAAUCUCAUGUGAAGUUUGGAUAUUUAUUUUAAAAUGUUGAAGUUUGAGAUGAAAAAAAGGACGUGAUUAAUAGAACGGGACAUGGUAAGGAUAUUCCCAAAAAAAUAAGAAAAUUAAGAGCUCAGAUGAUUAGAGAAAGGAGAUGAUUGCAAGCUAAAGAAAAAAAACUAAUCUUUACAUUCUCUGGAGAAGAAAAUGAGAAAAAAGUAUAAAAAAAAGAAGAAGAAAUCUCCAUGUAAAUAUAAACUUUAAAUAAAAAAUAUAUAUAUAAAAGGCAUAGAGUGAAGAUUAUGGAAUAAAUGUAAAAUUAUGUUGUCAGGAUCUUGAACAACGUCAACUACAAAAAUAAAUACACAAUGUAUGAUGAAUAAUUGAA